AUUUGUGGCUGCAGUAGCUUCCCCCCUUCGCUCUCCUCCCGCAUUAUUGCUGCCUUCUAGUUCUUGAUCCUUCCUCCCUCCUCCUUCCUCCCUCUCCCCUCUCUCGACAGUUUACGCUUCUGAAUUCUGAGGCUUCUUUAUCGUUAGUUGUGUCAACUUUUACAGAAAGGUCAACAGCAUGUGUGAAGGUUCAGCAACAUAUGCCUGAAAGCUUGCUGCAGAACAUUGAAAACAUUUUGACUCUCUGUUUAAUUAAUUCUUAAUAAGUUGCAUAGCUGUAUCGACUAGUUGCAAAUAUGGCUGGCAAGAUUUCUUGCAGAAUGACAGUUACUGACCAAAGUGGAUUUAUCUCAUUCUCAGACGUAUCACAUUAUACCGGAUCAACACCUUUGAGAAAGACCAUUGGCUUUAAGAAACUAUGUUAUGGGGAAUUUAUGAGUGCUAGGUCCUGUUCAUCCUAUGAAGACUUUGGGUGCAUGAGUCCAUAUGCUUAUAUAUAUCCCAGAGGCCACAUGGUCAUUCGUUGUUCCGCUAAUACUAGUAGUAGUGAGGCCAAGAAAUGCAUAAGGAAUUCUGAAGAUCCUUCUAGAGAUCACUUUGAAGGUGGGCAAGAUAAAGGAUUCACUUGCCAUGCUGGUUUAGGACUAGCUGAAGCUUGCAGAUUUGUUUACAAUGAUGCAAAAUAUGUGAAUGAAAGGGCGCGGAAUGACAUUAUCUUACUUUCACGUGGCAUAACAAGACUAAAUGAUCGGGCACGGCAAGAUGCUGCUGUUCUUGGACUUGGAUUUCUUAAGCUUGAUGCUCGUGCAAGGGAGGACACUGGGAAGAUUGACAUUGGUGUCAAGGAAAAGGCUGCUCGGUUGAAGCAUUUAGCCACUAUCUUGAAGGACAGGGCUAAAUCUGAUCUGAAGAGAGCAGCAGAUCAGCAUUGGAGUGAUGGGGCCUUAGAGGCCGACUUACGACGAGCUGACUUCAUAUUUAGACGCCGUGCUAUGGAAGAUGCAUACAUGGCAUUGAAGGUAGAAGAUGUACUGCUUUUUUUCCAACAUCGUUGUGGUUUUAUAAGAAACAUUCAUGACAUGAUGGCAAACAAAUUGUACCAAUUUCCUUCAAAUGAAAGGUCUUUCUCUCUCAAAGAUAGAAUGGGAUUCAUUACACUCGAAAAGAAUGGGAAAGCUCUUGAUCUAUUUGCAGAUGAGGUCACAACAGACCGUAUGCAAGCCAUUCAGGAAGCUUAUUGGACUAUGGCAUCUGCUUUAUCUGAGGCUGAUGGUAUUGAUUACACCGACCCUGAGGAGCUUGAACUACUAGUUGCAACGCUUAUCGAUCUUGAUGCAAUGGAUGGUAAAAGUAGUGUCUCCCUGUUGGCUGAGUGUUCUAGCUCCCCAGAUGUUAAUACAAGGAAAGCUCUUGCGAACGCGUUGGCAACUGCUCCAUCCAUGUGGAUUCUGGGUAAUGCCGGCAUGGGGGCACUGCAAAGAUUGGCACAGGACAUCAACCCUGCUGUUGCUGCGGCUGCUUCCAAAGCUAUUAAUGAACUGAGGCAGCAGUGGAAGCUCGAAGAAGGUGACAGUCUACGGUUCGUGAUGAAUGAACUCUCUCAGGAAGAGAAUGGAGAAGACGACGACGAUGUCCAGGAAAACUAACAGCUAGCCGACUUUACAGGAGGAUCCAUGAGAUCGGCAAUCGAACGAUGUUUGUAGAUGGUAUUAUGAUAUAGAUGCUUAAUGGAACUGGAAAGUUGUUUGGGGGUUAAUAAAUUGCUUACCCCAGAAAAUGUGGAUAGAUAAGGUUUAUUCCUGAAGCAUUUGGAGGAUGUUCCAAAUGAAACAUGGGUUGCAUAUUUUCUACUCAAAAUCAGGCAUAAAGCAUAGAUGGAACUCA